GUGUACCACUGGGCAGAGAUGCGGACCAAGAUGCGCAUCAUGGGCUUCCACGCUGAGGCCAUCAAGCCAUUGAACGAGGCAGCAGCAGCCGAGCUGGGCGCGAAUCUGUUGGGUGAGGCCAUCAUCUUCGCCUGCGCGGGCAGCUGUCUACUGCUGGAGUUCUGGCGCCAGCAGUCACUGAAACACCGCAAAGAAGUGGAGCGCGUGGCCUCGCUGCGGUCCCUGAGGGCAGACUUGGACCGCCUGGAGCAGGCGCUGGAUGAGCUGCAGGUGCGGGUGCAGGCGGCAGUGACGAGGGGCUCGCUGGAGGAGCUGCGGGCGGAGCUGCGGGCGGAGCUGCAGGAAUUCAGAACCCAGAUCUGCGAGGAGCGCCAGGAACCUGAGCCCCAGCCCUCUGAGGGCCCCGAGUAGAGGCCUUGGACUCUGACCUUGGAUAUGGAUUGCUGUCUGGGCUUGUUCCACGCCUGGCUUCUCUGCAUGGGCCCAUUGCGAACUGAGCCAGCCGACAUGUUCUGGUCUCUGGGGACAGAGGGAUCGAUCCUAGGCCGGGAAUGGUGUGAGAGUUCCUUUCCACGGCGGUCUCUCACCCACUGGUGCAGCAUGUUGGGGAACCACCUAAGAGCCCUUCGCCUAGGGCGCUGGCCCAUCGCACUGGAACACUCCCUGCCUAGUGUCGUCUACCUCACUUGGAGGGGAGAGGCCGGCUGGCUCCUCCUGCCUUUAGUCUGAGUUGCCUCUGCCUGGCGUUCUCCCCUAGUGACCCUCUUCCUUUAAUCCAGGGCGCUGCCCACAAGCUGGCUGGGUGCAUCUUCCUCUUCAUGUCUUAGGAGAAGGUAAGCUGGUUCUUAUCCCAUUUCCCUGUCUCCAGCCCCUUCAUUGCCCACCACCGCUCCCUUGAGAGCCUCUUUGCUGGAACCAUCUGCACCCUUAUCACGUGGGCCAGUGCUACACCUCCCUUCUGCCGACAGCCUUACCUCUGACCAAAUGGAACAUUCUGACCAAAUGGACCAAUAAACUCCCUUAUUCAC